UGUUGUUUAUCUAAUACUGUGUAUAAAUUGUGUUAAAGUCAACCUUUCUGCCGCCACCGACCCAACUAUGGGGAAGAAGCUCAAAGUUGGAAAGACCAGAAAAGAUAAAUUCUACCACUUAGCCAAAGAAACAGGUUAUCGGUCUCGAUCAUCAUUCAAACUCAUCCAGCUUAACCGAAAAUAUCAGUUUCUGCAGAAAGCUAGAGCUUUGUUGGACCUGUGCGCUGCACCUGGAGGAUGGUUGCAGGUGGCGUCCAAGUUUAUGCCUGUUUCAAGCCUUGUUAUUGGCGUUGACCUGGUGCCCAUCAAGCCCAUCCCUAAUGUAGUGACCCUUCAAGAAGACAUCACCACUGAGAAAUGUAGACAGGCUCUCAGAAAGGAGCUACAGACAUGGAAGGUUGACGUUGUGCUAAAUGAUGGCGCACCAAAUGUUGGAGCCAACUGGCAGCAUGAUGCUUUUACACAGGCCCACCUGACCCUCAUGGCCUUGAAACUGGCCACUGAGUUCUUGACAAAAGGGGGCACUUUUGUCACAAAGGUGUUCCGCUCUAAAGACUACCAGCCACUGCUCUGGAUCUUCCAGCAGUUCUUCAAGAAGGUUCAAGCCACCAAGCCCCAAGCGUCUAGGAAUGAGUCAGCUGAGAUAUUUGUUAUUUGCCAGGGUUUCCUUGCUCCAGACAAAAUUGACGCAAAGUUCUUUGACCCCAAAUAUGCAUUUAAAGAAGUGGAGGUGCAGGCCAAAACUGUGAAAGAACUGGUCCCAGAGAAGAAGCCAAAGGCAGAGGGAUACUCUGAUGGCGACUUGACACUUUUCCACAGUUACACUGUUACGAACUUCAUCAAAGCUGAAAAUCCUGUGGACUUUCUGGGCAAAGCCAGUGAGAUCACCUUUGACAGCCCAAGCCUGGAGGCUCACAGCACCACGACUGAUGAAAUAAAGGAGUGUUGUCGUGACAUUAAAGUUUUAGGCCGGAAAGAACUGCGCAUGUUGCUGAACUGGAGGACCAAGCUGAGAAGAUACCUGGCCAAGAAGCUGAAAGAGGAGGCCAAGGAGCUUGACCAGGAGAUCAGGCUAAGUUCUGAUGAUGAGGGAGAUGAUUCAGAUGGCGGGUCAAAGAAGAAGAAGAAGAAGAAAGAGGUUGAGGAAGAGAGUGAUGACGAAGAAAAAAUGGAGAAGAAACUGGCCGAGCUGAAAGCAGAGGAAGUGGCUGAUCUCAAGCGGAAGAAAAGGAAGCUGCUGAAAGAGCGCAGGAAGCAGAGGGAGAGGGUGGAGCUCAAAAUGGACCUGCCAGGUGUCUCCAUUGCUGACAACGAUGACGUCUGCUUGUUCUCCCUCAACGCCAUCAAGAAAAAACAGGUGCUGGCUGAUCUUUCCAAAGGGGACAUGCAGGCAGCAGACUCCCUAGCAGAAGGCGAAGAUGACAUCCGUAUGUCUGAUGAUGAGGUUGACCAAGCAGACGACAUGUCCCUGGCCUCUGACUUGGAUGAUGAUGAGCUUGAGGAGGUGGAUCACAGACAGAAGCAGCUGGAGAAGAAAGAGAAGAAAGUGACGUUCACAGAGGAGGCGGAAGUUGAUGAUGAUGAUGAUGAUGAAGAAGAAGAAGAGGGUGGCUUACUGGUGGAACUCGAAGGGAAAGAUGAGAAGCGAGAGCAUGAAACUGACUUGUGGUUCAGCAAGGGUAUCUUUUCUGAGAUUGAGUUGGAAGGAGAUGCAGAGAGUGAGCUCAGACAGACUCAGUGGCUACAAAGCCAGCAAUCAGGACAAGGCAAAAAAAGGAAAGCUGAAGAAGUAGAAAAGAAUGAGCCUGCCCCAACUGAAAAGGAAGAGGCGGGGCCUUCAAAGCAAGCCUUGGAGGACAAUGAUGGCGACUCAGAUGACAGCGACGACGAAGAAUACAUUUCCAAGUUGAAGCAGGCCAGUGGCGGCAACGGAACAGGUCCGGGUGAUGACGACGACGAUAACUUCCAGGUCGUUCCAGUUGAAAGCACUAGUAAGAAAGCCCGCAUCCUUGAUGCUGAGGGGCUUGCUCUUGGUUGCCAGAUAGCCACAUCCAAGAAGAAAGCCAGAGACCUGGUGGACGACUCCUUCCACAGAUUUACAUCAUCUGACCAGCCUUGGGAAGUACCCGAGUGGUUCUGGAAUGACGAGGUGAAACACAGGAAGAAGCCAGUGCCGGUAACCAAAGAGAUGGUGGAGGAAUAUAAAGAGAAAUGGAAGGAAAUCAAUGCCCGUCCUAUUAAGAGAGUCGCUGAAGCCAAGGCCAGGAAGAAGAGAAGGAUGUUGAAAAAGAUGGAGCAAGCUAAGAAGAAAGCAGAGGCAGUUGUGAACACAGUGGACAUUUCUGAGAGAGAGAAGAUGGCUCAGCUCAAGAGUAUCUACAAGAAAGCCGGCGUGGGAAAAGAAAAGCGAGAGGUGACAUAUGUUGUUGCCAAAAAGGGAGCCGGGAGGAAAGUGAGGCGGCCUGCUGGCGUCAAAGGCGUCUUCAAAGUGGUAGAUGGUCGCAUGAAGAAAGAUGCGCGUGGAAUGCAAAGGAAAGAACAAAAAGGAAAGGGUGGCAAAGGAAAAGGACGACAGGCAAAAGGUGGCAAGAAAGGAGUCAAGACUGGUAGUGGGCGAAAGGGUAAAAAAUGAGAAACAGGUCCAUGGACAGUUUGGCUUCACUCAUAUUGGGAAAAAAAACCUUAAUAAAAUUUUUCAUUUUUAAACAAUAUUUUGUUUACAGGGACUUGAGACAGAUAAAACUGAAUAGUAAUUGUUUUACUUUAAAAAAAAAAAAAAAAGUCUGAACUCUCAUUUGCAGAAAGUUAAGUCUAUCAUCCUGUCAUUUAUUUUUGUAAAUACAAUACAAACAUUUUUCAAUAAAUGUUUUGGAGUGCUUAA